AUGUACAUAUACAAUGUUUUCGACGCGAUAGAGAGUGCCAUCGAUGCAUACGACGGCAAACUAUCAGACUACUACUUCAUCAACCAAUGCAUGCGUAUCAUUUGCGAGCUAUACGGAAUGGUUCUCCUCGGCAUCAUGGACUAUUCCCUCGUGCUCCUCGUGCUUCGAUUCGACGCCGAGGAGCAGCCGUGGCGCACACUCGGCCAAGACCCCUACGGAUUCGUCUGGUCCAAAUACAUCCAGGCCUACGACGUCGGCAGUAUUGAAGAUUUUGGCACGCAACAGGCUGGCAACAACGGAACCAUCCACGGCUUGGAUCUUCUGAACGGCACAACGCCUGGUCAAGAGCCUAACUAUAGGCUGGUCCUGCGCAGAUACGGCAAGGGGUGUUGUGGGGGUAUCCUUGGGCACCUCUACGAGAUUCGCUCUAAGAGAAAGAGGCAUUGA